AUGAGCAAGAUGUCAGAGGAAGAGGAGUUUUAUCUGUUCAAGAACACCUCUUUGGUGAAGCCGUGGGAUGGACCUCAGUACCACAUUGCCCCUGUGUGGGCCUUCCACCUCCAGGCAGCCUUCAUGGGCUUUGUCUUCUUUGCAGGGACGCCACUCAAUGCUUCGGUACUGGUGGCUACGCUGCGCUACAGAAAGUUGCGGCAGCCACUCAACUACAUUCUGGUCAAUGUAUCUUUGGGGGGCUUCCUCUACUGCGUCUUCUCUGUCUUCAUUGUUUUCGUCAACAGCUGUAAGGGAUACUUUUUCUUUGGCCGGCAUCUUUGUGCUUUGGAGGCCUUCCUGGGCUCUGCAGCAGGUCUGGUGACAGGCUGGUCACUGGCCUUCCUGGCCUUUGAGCGCUACCUUGUCAUCUGUAAGCCCUUCGGCAACUUCCGCUUCAGCUCCAAGCAUGCACUGAUAGUGGUCUUGGCUACCUGGACCAUUGGUGUUGGCGUCUCCAUCCCACCCUUCUUCGGCUGGAGCCGGUUCAUCCCUGAAGGCCUGCAGUGUUCCUGUGGCCCUGACUGGUACACCGUGGGCAGCAAAUAUCGCAGCGAGUACUAUACCUGGUUCCUCUUCAUCUUCUGCUUCAUCAUACCUCUCUCUCUCAUCUGCUUCUCCUACUCCCAGCUGCUGGGGGCCCUCAGAGCUGUUGCAGCUCAGCAGCAAGAGUCAGCCACAACCCAGAAGGCCGAGCGGGAGGUGACGCGCAUGGUGGUGGUGAUGGUGGGAUCCUUUUGUGUCUGUUACGUGCCCUAUGCUGCCCUGGCCAUGUACAUGGUCAACAACCGUAACCAUGGGCUGGACUUACGGCUUGUCACCAUUCCUGCCUUCUUCUCCAAGAGUGCUUGUGUCUACAAUCCCAUCAUCUACUGCUUCAUGAAUAAGCAGUUCCGAGCUUGCAUCAUGGAGAUGGUGUGUAGAAAACCCAUGACAGAUGAAUCUGAAAUAUCCAGCUCCCAGAAAACAGAAGUUUCUAAUGUCUCUUCUAGCCAAGUUGGCCCCAACUAA